GUUAAGGGUAGAAUAAUUAAAAAAAUGUGUGAAUAGUUAAUAAACCCAGCACGUACAUACAAGAUUGAUAAUAAAUUGCUUGGAAUUGAUCAUCGCAUAAUAUCAAAUAAAAAAGGGCGACGAUGAAUAGCUCGGGGUUAUCUAAGCAUGAGAAUGGGAGUCAACAUUAUAGUAAAUUGGUCACGAAGUCAAGUUGUGGUUACGUUAUUUAGCCAGUGUCCUCUCUUUGUGGUCGUGGUGGUGGCGUUGUUGGGGGUUUGUUUAGUUUGUUGAAUUUAACUGGAAUCAAUUGAAGCCGACAACUGAAGGAGAUGAGAGACGACGAUAAACCGAGAUAAUUUAUGGGUCGCAUUCACGCUAGAACGUCUCAGUCUCCGUUUGGCCUUCGCCCAGUGAUAUUGUUCUGAAAACAAGAAAAUACUCCAAUCAAUUUAAUAAUGGCUUCCACGCGCUUCCCAAGUUGUACAAAAACCCCGAUUGAUGAGCAAAUCCAGAAAUUGUACGACAGAGUGAAAGCUAGAGAUCCAGAACAAAAAGAAUUUUUGCAGGCGUUUGGUGAGAUUCUCUGGACUUUAAAGCCGGUUUUUGAGAAAGAUCCCAAGUACAUUAAGGUUCUUGAGACAAUUGCUGAGCCAGAGAGGGUCAUAACUUUCCGAGUCCCUUGGAUCGACGAUGCUGGGGUGCAACAGGUCAAUCGAGGCUACCGGGUGCAAUUCUCCUCAGCCCUGGGUCCCUACAAGGGCGGACUCCGCCUCCAUCCCAGCGUCCAUUUAGGAAUAAUCAAAUUUCUCGGCUUUGAACAGAUUUUGAAGAAUUCACUCACUGGUCUACCUCUCGGAGGCGGGAAAGGGGGCAGUGACUUUGACCCUAAAGGCAAAAGCGACAAUGAGGUUAUGAAGUUUUGCCAGAGCUUCAUGACUGCACUCUACAAACACAUUGGAGCUGAUGUUGACGUACCAGCAGGUGACAUUGGCGUCGGGGGACGAGAAAUUGGGUUCCUCUACGGUCAGUAUAAAAGGAUCACUGGGCAAUUUGAGGGCGUCUUAACUGGAAAACACACCCGCUGGGGUGGUUCGCUAAUUCGAUCAGAAGCUACUGGAUAUGGAGCCGUCUAUUUUGCUGAAAACUGGGCUGCAGAUAACUCCCUUCCCAUCAAGGGGGCUCGGUGUCUUAUCAGUGGAAGUGGAAAUGUAGCACAAUACACGGUCGAGAAACUGCUUCACCUUGGAGCAAUUCCACUCACACUGUCAGACUCUUCUGGCUAUGUCUUGGAGCCAAAUGGGUUCACACAAGACCAGUUGGAAAAAAUUAUGGAGCUCAAGAAUGUGACCAGAGGAAGAAUUUCGGACUACUGCAAAAUGUCCUCCACUGCCCAAUUCUUUGCAGGAAAGAAACCAUGGGAAGUCAAGAACUGUGUAUUGGCAUUCCCAUCAGCAACUCAGAACGAGAUUGAUGAAAAUGACGCUACCCAGCUCGCAGCAAACGGUUGUCGUCUCGUCGUUGAAGGGGCCAACAUGCCUUCGUCCAAUGAAGCUAUUGAGGUUUACAAGAAGAAGGGGGUUGGUUUCUGUCCUGGCAAAGCAGCGAAUGCCGGUGGAGUCGCUGUUUCUGGUCUGGAAAUGUCCCAAAACUCUUCAAGAACUAGCUGGUCUCGGGAAGAGGUGGAUGCGCGACUAAAGCAAAUCAUGAAGCACAUUUACACGUCGUGCAAAAACGCGAGCGAGGAAUAUGGCGUCAAAGGCGACAUUCAGAGUGGAGCAAAUAUUGCAGGCUUCCUCAAGGUCGCGGACUCAGUCAUUGAUCAGGGUUGUGUUUAAAAUGGAUGCAAACCAUGUAUUCAAUAGAAUUUUAUGAAUAUUACGUAUGAAUUGAGUAGUCAUAUUUCAUAAAAGAGUAAUUUGAAUACCAAAUUGUAUAACCUAUUGUAAUAAGUCUCAUAAGAAAAAGUAAAGAAUGGUAAUAAAUUUUGUUUCCUUUUCGGUUCAGUUAA